ACUUGCUGCGCUCUCAGCUGGGCCUUACGCCCUCUCCCCUAUGGCAGCAGGAGGUGGCCCUGGGGGCCAAGGUGUGCUUGGUCCUCAAUGGGCCCCUUUGCUUCUCUCGCUGGAAGCAGGCUCUUUGGUGCAACCCUCUCCCAGUCCACGUCCGGCCUAGGUCAGGCCCCCACCCCCUCCUGCGCCCCAAACUCGGGGGGCCCGCACGCGGCAGGCACGGCGGCGGGCGGAGCGGCAGAGGCUCGCAGGUGGGAGGAAGGCAGGCGGGGACGCGGGAGGUGGAGGGAGACGCCGGGCAGGCUGCCGCCCCUCCCCACUGCCUGCCUGCGAGCCGCCGGCGACAUUGCCCCUCCUGGGCAGGGGGCGGAGAAGACGGCGACGGGAGGGGAGGAGGCGGCGGCGGAGGCGGGAUUUGGAGUUUCCCUCCGCAGCGGCGGCGGCGGCCCCCUCGGCUCCAGGCGAGGCCGCCGCCCGAGGCUCCGGUGGCGCUCCGUGGCAGCAGCGGUGGAGCUUCCCGCCGCCCGGGCUUCGGAAACUUCCCGGCCGCGACGCGCGGAGCUGGCACAGGAAGCCGAGCGGACCGGAGGUGAGCGGAGCCUGGGAGCACCAUGCAAGCAGGGACCUCGUGUGUCCUACCUGCUCAUCAUCUGGUGUCCGUGGAAGGGACCCGACUGGCGCCGGCCAGGGGAGCUGAGGCCGGUCCCCUGCUGGGCCCCUGACCUGCCCUUGGCCUCUGCCCCAGCUCUGUCCCGCUUCGGUGGAAGCCCCAGCUCAGCGCGCCCGCCACUUGCCGGGCCCACCCUACUGCUUUCGCUGGCACCCGUUGGCUCGCCGGCCCCCCUGAGCCCGCCCCCGCCGCCCCCGCCGCCCCCGCCGCCCCGCCCCUCCAAACGGCAGCUCCACGUCCAAAGGCAGCGGCUUCCAAGGUGGAAGCUGGGUCCCGCUGCCAGAAAGCUGCCGGCGCGCAGGCUGCACCGGACUGAGCUUCCACGUGCGCGCCUGCUCCGCUGCCCCGCCCUCUUCCCGAUGGCCGGCCCCGGGGACACCCUGCCCGGGGACGGCGCCCUGCGUCCCGCGGUGGCCGUGGCCCGGAUGUCCGCGCGCGGCCGCCCGCUGCUGGAACACGCUCCAGCGCCAGCAGCCCCACGUGCCGGGAGCCGGGAGCCCAUGGAGGGUCUGGGCCGCUCGUGCCUGUGGCUGCGCCGGGAGCUGUCGCCCCCGCGACCGCGGCUGCUGCUCCUGGACUGCCGCAGCCGCGAGCUGUACGAGUCGGCGCGCAUCGGCGGGGCGCUGAGCGUGGCCCUGCCCGCGCUGCUGCUGCGCCGCCUGCGCCGGGGGAGCCUGUCAGUGCGCGCGCUCCUGCCUGGGCCGCCGCUGCAGCCGCCCCCGCCCGCCCCGGUGCUCUUGUACGACCAGGGCGGGGGCCGGCAGCGGCGCGGGGAGGCAGAAGCCGAAGAGUGGGAGGCUGAGUCCGUGCUGGGCACCCUGCUCCAGAAGCUUCGGGAGGAAGGCUAUCUGGCCUACUACCUACAGGGUGGCUUCAGCAGAUUCCAAGCCGAGUGCCCUCACCUGUGUGAGACCAGCCUCAGCUGUGGGGGCCCAAGCACAGCCCCGGUGCCCAGCCCAGUGGUGGGGUUGGGUGGCCUGUGCCUGGGCUCCGACUGCUCUGAUGCAGAAUCUGAGCCUGACCGUGACACUAUGAGCUGUGGCCUGGAUUCAGAGGGUGGCACGCCCCCCCCAGCGGGGCUGCUGCCCUCCUUCCCCGUCCAGAUCCUGCCCAACCUCUACCUGGGCAGUGCCCGAGAUUCGGCCAAUGUGGAGAGCUUGGCCAAGCUGGGCAUCCGAUACAUCCUCAAUGUCACCCCCAACCUCCCUAACCUCUUCGAGAAGAAUGGUGACUUUCACUACAAGCAGAUCCCCAUCUCAGACCACUGGAGCCAGAACUUGUCCCAGUUCUUUCCAGAGGCCAUUGCGUUCAUUGAUGAGGCCUUGUCCCAGAACUGCGGGGUGCUCGUUCACUGCCUGGCGGGCGUCAGCCGCUCUGUCACUGUCACCGUGGCCUACCUCAUGCAGAAGCUCCACCUCUCACUCAACGAUGCCUACGACCUGGUCAAGCGGAAGAAGUCUAACAUCUCGCCCAACUUCAACUUCAUGGGGCAGCUGCUGGACUUCGAGCGCAGCCUGCGGCUGGAGGAGAGGCGGGCACAGGAGCGGGGCAGUGGGGGGCAGGAGUCGGCCGCCUCCGACCCGCCCUCCUUCUUCACCACCCCCACCAGCGACGGUGUCUUUGAGCUGGACCCCACAUAGGGCACCGCCCUGCCCCCCAGUGGGUGCUCUGGCCCACCUAUGUGCUGGGGGGGAGGCGGGAGCGGGCUCAGCUGUAAGCAGGGGGGAUUGGGGGGAGCACAAUACCUCAUGCGGGGGCUGUGGGAAGAGGCAGGAGCGGGAGCCCCUCCAGGGUGGCUGCAGGGAGAGACCUGUCCUGCCCACUUGAAACAUCCACAGGAAUCCUAUUAAACGUGCCUAUGGGCCGGGCCCGGGGCCACCGGCCUGCCCUGCGCCACUUUCAGGCGGAACCAUGCUCCAGAACCUGCCUCUUCUGCGACUGUUAUUUUUUUCUUUGGGGGGAAUGGGGGUUCCCAUUUCGAGGGACCAUUCCAGGUGGCUGCCUGUGCCCCAGGCCCAGGCCCUGUGUGCUCAGCCAGCUGGGCCAGCCCUGAGCCUCCCUGUGGUUUCCUUGUCCAGGAAGGGCGUGUGUCUGCUCUGCCACCUCAUUUGCCACAGGGACCUGCUCCCAGUCCCAUCCCUGUCCCCAAAUGGCUACUUAUGGGGAGGGGUUCGCCACCAGCCGCACUGUCACCUCUCUGCUUCUCUGCUGAGGGCUCGGGCCUCGCGGGGCUGGGGUCCUCUCAGGAUGCAGACUCAGAGGUGCAGUGGCCGCCCAGCAUCCACGAGGACAGCUCCUCUCUGUGUGGCUCCUUGCUGGCAGCACCACAGGGGAGGGCGCCGACCUGGUAGCCGCUGGGCAGGUUCCCGGCCGCACAUCUGGCGCCCUGACUGUUUAUCCACUUGACAUCUCAAAAGAUGCUUUUCUUCCUCUUCCCCCAGAUGUCUUUAUGGGAUCACUGGGGCUCUUUGUGACUGAGGGUGGUCAAACUGCCACCGGAGGAGAUGGGGUCUCAGAGCAAGAGCUGAGGGUGGAGAAGGGGAAGGAGGCGGCCAGGAUUUUGCUGCUGCGGGUCCCGCACAGCCGAGGUUGGCUUGGGGGGAUGGGGAAGAGGCCAAGCUGCAGACACACAUGGUCAUUCAUUGCAGUGCACACCCCUCGUGGGCAACUGGCGUGCAUGCAUGCGUGUGUGUGUGUGUCAGCACUCGCACACGCAUGCCAGUCUGCUUACACACCCAGGGCCAGCAGUCCCUGCAGUGGGGCCACCUCACGGUUGGGAAUCCACCCCACAGUUGUUGUCUUUAAUUGUUCCUGAAUAAAUGGUUUAUGUAAGA